GUUUGGUUUUCUAGCGUUUUCAGGCGAUCAAUAUUUCGGGGGUUCGUGGGGGGAAUAGUCUGUGCCCUUAACCAAGAUGGCGGCCGCGGCACCAGUGUGGGCACGUCACGUGACAGCUGGAUCCGUGGCCCCUCGCAUCCCCCCGAGUGGUGUUGAGUUGGCGAUCGGCAGCAGUGGGCUCUGUAUCGGGCAGCUCGGGAAUCAAGUCUUCUAUAACUGGAAUAAAGUAAGUGACUAUCAUUAAUGGCAUUAUUCAGUGCUCUCAUUACUAUUAUACUGUGUUACAGUCUGAAACCAGUCCUAACAGCGGUGUGUGUAUUGCUAUCAAUGCCAGCCUUACUGUUACUGUAAUUAUUAUUAUUAACAUUAUUAUUGUUAGUUUCAAUGUGAGUCAUGUUUUAUAAGUGGUUACAUUGCUGUUAUAAUAAUAAUAAUAAUAAUAAUAAAUCGGUAGCAGCUCAACCUAAGAUCUAGAAUACACGAUGUAAUAUUGGAGUUAUUCACAAAUCUCUGACAGGUAGGAAUAUUAAAAUGCAAAAAUGACAAUUUAGGCUAAUUUACCGCAAGCUGUGACUAUAUAAUUUAUCUGGAGAAUUUUUCCAGAUCAGCUGGAUCAUUCAGAUUUCAGUUCGUGGGUUGAGUUUGUGGAAUAAUUAAUCAAAUGUGGCUUUACCCCUUUUUUUUUUUUCUUUUUUCUCAGUUGAGAUUUGCAAACCUCAAUGUAAGUCACCCUUAGGUUUUUCCACAUUACACAAGCAAGGUAAUUCACUAAACUCAGUUGCAAAUUGAAAUCCAAAUGGCCAACACUUGGCAAACACACGAUUUGGAGGAAUUCUCCAAAUCCGCUAAAGUCAUAGUUUUUCUAUUUUACCAUAUUGUUUUCCAUUUAGAACACGUUUGUAUUCCUAAUGCUAUAAUCCUUUCAUGUAGUGGUUCUGGGCCAUAGGAACUGUCCCUGCAGGCUGCAGCCUCAGUAGUGUAAACACUGCCUUUUCUUAGAAAUGUCUAAGAUGCCUAAGGCUACCUCAUUUGGAAAGCCAUUAGAGCGACAUCCUGGGUUUUCGUCUUGCAAAGAUUGCAGGACCAACAAGACCCAAAGCAUCUCUAUGAGUAGAUCCUCACUGGUGCAGUGUUGCAAUUUGAUUCACAUGUACACUAGCCUCCCAGUACUUUCCUAUGGGGAAGCAUUGGGUUGGCUGACAUUAUCAGGACUGAUGAUCUCAGCUAGAGGAGGCGGGGCGUCCAUCUUUAAGAAUAUCACUAGUUUCAUUAAUAUUUUAAAGGACCACUAUAGUGCCAGUUAAACAUACUCGUUUUCCUGGCACUAUAAUGUUAAUAGGUCCACCCCUCCCGCCAGGCUGCAGUGUGAGGAAGAGGUUAAACACUCACCUUUCUCCGGCACUGGGAACUCUCCUCCUCCUUUCGACGUCAUUGGCUGAAUGAGCAUGUGCGGCAAGAGCCGCGCGCGCAUUCAGCCAGUCCAUAGGAAAGCAUUUCUCAAUGCUUUCCUAUGGACGCUGGCAUCUUCUCACUGUGAGAUGCGCGGAAGCACCUCUAGCGGCUGUCAGUGAGAGAGCCACUAGAGGCUGGAUUAACCCAUAUGUAAACAUAACCGUUUCUCUGAAACUGCUAUGUUUACAGCAGGCAGGGUUAACCCUAGAUGGACCUGGCACCCAGACUACUUCAUUAAGCUGAAGUGGUCUGGGUGCCUAUAGUGGUCAUCAAGGAAAUUGAAUGUUGCUUAUAAGGGAUCCUUGUUUAUUGGUUACAUAUGUUUUAUAAGGCAUCAUAUUCUAUAUAUACAUUUUUUUGAAAAAUAAUUAUUCAAACAAUUCUAUUUUUGCAGGUAAUCCUGAAUACAUGAAACCAUGCUAUUUCGAAAAGGUGAAUUUGUUAAUUUAUAGUAUAUAUUGUUAGAUUUGUGCUUAAUGUUCGAUUUGACUUUUUUUUUUUUUGCAGUCAAUAUCAUUAUUCUACUCCUUGCUGCAGUAGUCUUUCUGUUGGUUUUACAUCACAAUCUCCUAGGAUUGAGUGAUGUCUUGAAGAGGCAAAGAUCAGGUGAUACAUUGAUUUAAGAGCAAUUACAUGGUUCAAUCAAAAAUGAUGCCCAUAUUCAGCUUACAGUUCAUUAUUUUUACAAAAAAAACCCAAAAAACUAUAUUUCACUUUUUUACGUACUGUUUUACGUAAACGUACUGUUGUAUUUAAAUGGAUUAUUUGUAUAAAAAAGUGAUAACAGUUCUAUAAUGUAAACAUAUAUGUGGUCUGGAUGCCAUGACUCUCCCAUAUUAACCCUGCAGCUGACCACAUGCUGACAGCCACUAGAUGCACUUCUGCUGAAACAGUGCAGUAAAACUCCACUAUUUCAAACAAAUGGUCUCCUAGAAACCAUCUGCUUGUUACAAUGUGCUGUUUUGCCAUGCAUGCACAUUAGCCUCCUAAUAAUUUCCUGUUGGAAAGUAUUGGAUUGACUGUGAUCAUCGAUCUUCAUGAUCUCAGUCAGAGGUGGGUUGGCACGCUGGAGAACAGCCCUGUGAGGGAAAAAAGGUAAGUAAACUCAAAUUUUACGCUGUGCAGCAGGGGCCUGGUCACCUAAACAGUGACUGUGGGACUACAGUGUUAGGAAUACACAUUUGUCUUCCUAACGCUAUAGUGUUUCUUUAAAAUGUGUAGAUUUGAGGGGAAACAAAUUAAAGGUUCAUUCUAUAAUGCCAUCAACCUAUAAUUUAUUGCACAUCUUAUAGUUAAUGGUAUAAAUUAAGGUACCAUAUAAGUUCAUGUAAUGGAAAUCUGCACAUAUUUCAGAAACCCCUAAGUAGGUUUUUAUAGCAUACGUAGAGCAGACAAAAAAAAUCCGGGUACAAUAACUUGCCCAUUGGUGGAUCCCUCGCUAAGGAGUACGGACAAUAACUUGCCCUUCAGUGGAUCCCCGCUCAGGAAGAUGUACAAUAACUUUCCCAUUGGUGGAUCCAGGCUCAGGAGGACGGACAAUAACUCGUUUGUCUGUGGAUCCCCGCUCAGGAGGACGGACAAUAACUUGCCCUUCGGUGGAUCCCCACUCAGGAGGACGGACAAUAACUUGCCCUUUGGUGGAUCCCCGCUCAGGAGGACGGACAAUAAAUUGCCCGCUGGUGGAUCCCCACUCAGGAGGACAAACAAUAACUUGCCCAUCGGUGGAUCCUGCUCAGGAGGACGGACAAUAACUUGCCCGCCAGUGGAUCCCUCGCUCAGGAGGAUGGAUAAUAACUUGCCCGUUGUUGGAUCCCCUGCACAGGAGGACGGACAAUAACUUGCCCGUCGGUGGAUCACCGCUCAGGAGGACGGACAAUAACUUGGAUCCCCACUCAGUUCUCAAGCUGGUGUUAUGCAAAUUGUUUAGGUUCUUUCUGCAAUGGCAAAGAUGCACUAUCAGAUUUACUCCACACAAAAGGGCGGUACAAAUCCAAAAAGCAGGCUAGGCUCCCUCUGCACAAGAGAUGCGGCAACCCCAGAAGAUCGUUUCAACUUUGUUAGGCCUCAUCAGUUUAUAGCAUAUGUACUAAAGCACUCAGCAGUAAUUUCAUGCACAUGAAAAAAACCUACUGUACAAGGCACAGCUUUACAUCUUUCACAUAGCUGCAUAGCUACACCGAAUAGUCCUGUCAGAAGAGGUGAGGACCCACUGUAAACGUACUUUCCCUAGUAAUUAACUUGGUCAUUAUAUUAACUCUAUUGAUACUAUAGGUUUAAACGGGUAGAAAGGGAACCGUGCACCAUAAUUAUGCAAGAAGCUUAGUCUUUCCUGAGCUCUGUUUUGCUGCAUCCUCUGAGACAUUUCCACAGAUUUUCCUUUUCGAAUAAACUGAAUAUGUUUUCAGUUCAGCUACUCUGGUCUUAAAUUUGAAAUUCACUUCAACUUCUCACUUUAGUGAAUAGCCCUGCUGGUGUUUUGCAGGAGCUUCAAAUGGGAUUAUCUUAUUUACCAUUUAAUUAUUUUGACAUGUUUGAAUGCAUUAUUUAUAUAAUGAAUUAAAAGUAAAGGUCAUACCUAGCCUGGCGUUUGCAUGUGAGACAACGUGGCCGAGACAGCAUAAAACAUACAUUUUUCCUUUUUUUGUUUCGGCAUAUGUACGUUUGCUUAAUCUUAAUGUCAUUUUUUUUUUCCCCCACAGACUCCACUCCUUUAGAAUUUCAGCAAGUGGAUUUUUUAGUGGAAUCUCCUCGCAGGAUUUCAGAUGUAAAAGAGAUACCGGUGGUUAUACCAGCGGUGGAUGAACAACUAGGAGGCGUUAUUGCUGCGAUAAACAGCAUUUCCAGCAACACAAAGUCGAAUGUAGUCUUCUAUAUAGUCACCCUGAACGGCACGGAGGAGCACUUGAGGUGGUUUCUUAAAGCUGUCAUGAUAGAUAUGUUUGCAGUCUAACCAUCUGACCUGACUCAUGUUAUACAAUUAAGUGCUUCUUCCUUUAAUAGUGUUAAAAGCUCACAUUUUCAUUUCUUUCCUUUACUCCAGUCUCCUGCUUUAAUCAUGUUUCAGUGGGUGUUACACUUUUUGUGAGACACACCUCUCAGGCCUUGUUUGGGAAGUAUAGAUUUUCUUCCCGUAAUAGGUUAAAAAUCCCCUUUAUUUUGGCUUUGUGUAAUUAAAACUUAUUUAUUCUUUCUCCAUCCUGAGAUUGCCUGUCCACAUUCUGGCCUCUCUCCCUGCUUGCUGCUCUGACACCAAGCCCACCAGUCACCCAAGCGGGCAUUGCGUUCCAUUAGGCUGGUUUCAAGCAGGAGAGAUGCCUAGAGAAGGGUUUUCUCUGGUAACAGACACGCAAAGCCCAGCUCUCUUAUCUCUGUGCCAGUUGGCACAGAAUGAACUGACUGAGAGGAAGGAGGGCCUGUUUUUUAACCUCUGAUUUUUAGAGAAAUCUAGACUUUUGCUAGCAAUUCUGCUAACACAUUUAAUGAAAUUUGAUUUUCUAUAAUUUUAAUUAUUUUAAGUUAUAUUUUCAUAAUAGGCACAGUCACCCCCCUACCCUUUCCAAAGUUGGUAUUUAAUAAAGAUAAAACCUCUAUGAAAUACUCCCAUUGACUGUGAUGGAAUUUCACUGAAAUUCUUACACCGUUAAAAGAUAUAGUAGGACAAAGUUGGUACUAUUUCCUAAACUUGAAGGCACAGCUACUGCUAUCAAGUAUUGUCAUCACUAGUGACGGCUGUAGGGGAAAAAGGCAUUGUCUCUCAUCCUCCACUGACCUCGGUGUGGUACUCACUCUACAACACUGACAUGGGCUCCUGACAGAUGAAUUGACAGUAGCUGAGGAGGACUGGCAGGAAGACCACAGUGGCGGCCAUGAGGGAUAGGUUCAGAUAAGUAAAACUCACUUUCCCCUGCGCCCUGCAUCCACAGGACAUCCAAUGGAGCCGCCAUGCAAAAACCCCAGACGCUGACCGUGUUUUAUCUAUUUUAGCUAACCAUUCGCUGUGCGCAUUUCUCACUAAGCAUAUCUGUUGUGGUUUGUUUGCCAUAAAAUAUCUUCCCUGUUUGAUAAAGUGUGCCUACUAAUAAUUGCCUCUCCAAAACUUGCCCACACAGAUAUCAAUUAGUUUGUUUUUUAUUUGAAUCGUUCUUGUUUAAAGUAUAUGAUCUGGUACUAUACAGUGCCUAUCAAACACAUUUAAGUUCUGCUAAAGAAGCAAGAUGGCUGCUGUCAUUAAGCUUGUUUUAGAUUUUAGGAGAAUCUACUGGUCCAGGGGUCCCCAGAGUGUAGAUCCCCAGAUUAUUUAAAACUACAGCUUCCGUGAUGCGUUGUCAUUCUAAAGCAGGGGUUUCCUGCAAACUCGCCGUCCGCGGCUAUUUUGUUUUCAUUUUUUGGCGGAACCCUAGGGUUCCGCAGAACACGAAUUGGGACACGUUGUUCUAAAGGCAUGCAAAGCGUCAUGGGAGUUGUAGUUCUACAACAUCUGGGGAUCUAACUUUUGGGCAUAUAGUACUAGCCCUUUCAUGUAAAUAUUCUGCUUUUGAUAGUCCAUAUUUUGGUGCAUCUUGCCCUAACUGUAGGUGCUAGUGUAGUCCUUACAUUUAACUUGAAGGGACACUAUAGUCACAAGAACAACUACAGCUUAUUGAAUUUGUUCUGGUGAGUAGAAUCAUUACCUUCAGGCUUUUUGCUGUAAACCCUGUCUUUUCAGAGAAAAUGCAGUGUUUACAUUGCAGCCUAGUGAUAACUUCACUGGCCACUCCUCAGAUGGCUGUUAGAGAUCCUUCCUGGGUCAUGGCUGCCCAAACAUUCAGUAUCUCCUCCCUCUGCAUGCAGACACUGAACUUUCCUCAUAGAGAUUCAUUGAUUAAAUUUAUCUCUAUGAGGAGAUGCUGAUUGUCCAGGGCUGUGUUUGAAUCAUGCUGGCUCUGCCCCUUAUCUGCCUCUUUGUCAGUCUCAGCCAAUCCUAUGGGGAAACACUGUGAUUGGAUCAGGCUACCACUUCUGAUGAUGUCAGCAGACUGCUUGUUUUUUUUUUCCUGAGGCAAACAGCAUGCAGAGUCACAGCUUUUGGCUUGAAUACAGUAAGCUGUUGCUCUAUUUAUGGAGGCAUGAGGGGCACAGGGGGGCUAGAUGGUGGUGUUAACACUAUAAGGUCAGGAAUACAUGUUUGUGUUCCUGACCCAAUAGUGUUCCUUUAAUGUUCUGUUCUAUGAUUCUAUUUUAGCAGGGGCAUUAUUUUCCAUUUAGUUGGUGCUUGUUAUUUCCUUUAAUCUGGUCAUAAUCCUUUCCUUUUAGGUUGUACUGACCAUACAUGAGCUAGUAUGUCAAUAUGUGUGCUUUUCUUCUAGACCCUGGCUCAGUAAUACAGACCUUAAAAAUGUAAACUAUAAAAUUGUGAACUUCAAUCCUCGUGUCCUUGAGGGGAAAAUUCAAGCUGAUGCUGAUGGAGAUCCAGCUAAUCCAGUAAGUGAUAACAAUUUGGGACCACGUGUUUUUUUUUGUUUUGUUUGUUUUUAAAGACGCAAACAGUUAUUUUUGAAAUGAAUUUGAAGUCAGUGAGGAAAUUACACACCAUUAAUCCUUACAUUAAUAUUGUUAAUUUAAGCAUUAAAGUGGAAGACUUUGGAGUUUGGAAGUUGUUUUGUUCAUGCAUUUACAUUUAUUAAGCAAGGAAUUUUAAAGUGGUACCCUCCGUCAUGUUCCCAUUGCUUUGUAUAUACUACACUGGUGGUGAUUCACACACGUAGCAAACUUUGAAUAUGUGAAUUGACCGCUUUAGGAUGGAAGCAGUUGUCUAACUUCUGAACUAAAUACAUUAAUAUAUUAUAUAUUCCGUACAUAUUAUGUAUUACUUUUAAAGGAUAGAAAUGUCUUUCUUUUAAUACCCUAUGUGUAUAACUAACACAACAUUAAGUUUGAAUGAAAUAUUAAAAAUAGGGAAGAAAAAAUAGUUUUUUUCACAGUUUUGCCUAUAAUAAUUAUUACAAAAGAAAAAGGAACUCAAAAGAGAUGUAUCAGUCCUCAUUGUUGAAUGCCUCAUAGCCUAGGAUGCAAAUGUAUUUUUGGUAGUUAACGUGAACCCUAUGCUUACACUAACUUGAAUCGUACACCUUACCUUACCCCUAAAAUAUCAUUAACCCUCACCUUAUACGAAGACCUACCCUAACUAAGAGGGAUUCCCUCUGCUGACAGCAAUACUAACAUCAGCAGAGAAACUUUGCAGGUCUCUACUGUGAGAGAGAGAAACCUGUGCUACAGGUGUGGCAUGCUGUCCCUGUUGGUCACAAGGCCCUAUAUGUGACCCUGUGACUUUCCAAAAAUAUAUAUAUAUAUUUUUCAACAUGAUAACUUAAUACAUUUUAAUGUUUCUCUCCCUUUAUUAUUCCAGUUGGCAUUUGCAAGAUUUUACUUGCCUGACCUGGUCCCUGGUGAAGACAGGGCAAUAUAUCUGGAUGAUGAUGUUAUUGUCCAAGGUAUGUCACUCAUUUUCACUUUCCUUGAAACGUUCCAUAAAUCUACUUCCUGUUAACGGUGUUCCAGGUUGAAAGCUCAGGCUCACGUCUUUUUUUUUUUUUUAAAUUUCUUGCAGAUGACAUUCAGGAACUUUACAAUACUCCAAUCAGUGCUGGACAUGCUGCUGCAUUUUCCGAUGACUGUGAUUCGGUGACCUCCAAGUUUAUCGCUAGAGGUGCAGGCAAUCGGGUAUGACACUGAGUAAUGGAGCAGGCAGCCAAUUAUAGUCUUGAACAUUGAUGCAUAUUUGAUCUUAUGUUCAUAGUCAAUAUAUAAUAUAUUUGUGGUCGGGAACAAUAAGCUGAGUAAUAGUAGUGGUGGAGUAAGUCAGUUGUGGUUUGCCCAAACCGACAUUCGGGUAGACCUUUAAAAAGAGGGCCCACUAAGUAAAUGUCUUGAUAAAGUGAGCGGUGGGUGGGCUGAACCAGGAAGUAUCGUGGAGGCCUGAGAAUUUAUAGGCCGGUUAACCCCUCCCACAACUACUGCCGAAGCUUACGGCUCUGACUUCUCAUUUGUAGUCAAACUCUGGUAGGAUUGAUUAAAUAGGUCACAAUCCUCUCUCUUUGUGUACAUGCUGGAUACAAGUACAAGGGUCCCAUCUUUAGGCUCAUAUACAACUACAUGUAAAAUGUUAGUUGUUUAUUUCGCUAUCAAAAGAAUAGCUGUGGAAUUGUUUUGACAUUUUACAUUCUUUGUCAAUUCUUGACAAAUGUGAUAUAGACAUUUCAGAUACAAAAAGUUAUAAGAUGCCAGGUCAUUUGUAUGGUGGAAUAAACAUUAUUUCAAAUAUUAGUAGUUGAGGCUUCAUUAUUAUCUUUGCAAAAUUAUAUUCAUAGGUAUUCAUUUAUGACACAGAGGCAAGGGCAUGACCUUGAUGUGCGUGUAAUCAGUUACAGGGUUAUUUACUAAAAAGAAUUUGAGCAAAUUAAAUCCAAAUAUAAAAACUGUGGAAAAAAUAGCUUAUCUGGAAGACUUCUCCAACUUGGCCAUGGUCGCAAGCUGGUUUAUAUUUCUCCCAUAUUUCAUAAAAAAAAAACAACCAAAAACAGAGUUUUGUAAAUAACCAUCUUAGAUAUUUAUAAUGUGGACUGUGAAUAAUUUUUUUAUUUUUUAUUUCAUCUCUACUUGUUACUGAGUUACUAUAUUUGGCAAAGGGUGUACAUAUAAUAAAUGAUUGCUUUGGGACAUGGUUAAUAAUAUUUGGACUUUUAUUUACAGUAUAAUUACAUUGGAUUUUUUGACUACAAGAAAGAGAGAAUCCGGAAGUUAGACAUGAAAGCAGUCACCUGCUCUUUCAAUCCUGGAGUGUUUGUUGCCAAUUUAACAGAAUGGAAACAGCAAAACAUAACCAAACAGCUUGAAGAAUGGAUGGAGCGUAAUGUUGCGUGAGUGCAUCUCUGUUAUUGUACAAUAUGGUAAUGCCUUGUUUCUCAACCAGGUCUAGAAAGCCCUAACCAGUAAGCCUUACUUCAGUAGUGGGGAAAGUGAUGGAAACCAUGUUAAAGGAUAGGAUUGUUGAACAACUAAAAUCACAUGGAUUUCAAGAUCAGAGACAACAUGGAUUUACUUCAGGGAGAUCAUGCCAAACUAAUCUUAUUGAUUUUUUUGGCUGGGUAACUAAAAUAAUAGAUCAGGGUGGUGCAGUAGACAUCUACCUACAUUUCAAUAAGGCUUUUGACACUGUUGCACAUCAAUAAACUGCAAUAUUUAAGUUUGGAUUCCAGUAUUGUCAAAUGGGUUAGGCAGUAACUGUAGUAGUGACAAUGGGGUCAAUGGAGUAUAUUCAAAGCUUGGACUUGUCACCAGUGGGGUACCUCAGGGAUCUGUACUUGGACCCAUUCUCUUUAAUAUUUUUAUUAGUGAUAUUGCAGAAGGUCUUGAUGGUAAGGUAUGUCUUUUUGCUGAUGAUACUAAGAUAUGUAACAGGGUUGAUAUUCCAGGAGGGAUAAGCCAAAUGGCAAAUGAUUUAGGUAAACUAGAAAAAUGGUCAGAAUUGUGGCAACUGACAUUUAAUGUGGAUAAGUGCAAGAUAAUGCAUCUUAGACGUAAAAACCCAAGGGCAGAGUACAGAAUAUUUGAUAGAGUCCUAACCUCAACAUAUGAGGAAAGGGAUUUAGGGGUGAUUAUUUCUGAUGACUUAAAGGUAGGCAGACAAUGUAAUAGAGUAGAAGGAAAUGCUAGCAGAAUGCUUGGUUGUAUAGGGAGAGGUAUUGGCAGUAGAAAGAAGGAAGUGCUCAUGCCAUUGUACAGAACACUGGUGAGACCUCACUUGGAGUGUUGUACUAAGAAAGGUUUAUGGAUCUUAACAUGUAUAGCUUGGAGGAAAGACGAGACAGGGGGGAUAUGAUAGAAAGAUUAAAAUAUAUAAAGUGAAUCAACACAGUAAAAGAGGAGACUAUAUUUAAAAAGAAUGAAACUUACCCCAAUAAGAGGACAUAAUAUCAGGAAGUAUUACUUUACGGAGAGGGUAAUGAUUGCAUGGAAUAGCCUUCCAGCUGAAGUGGUAGAGGUUAAAGGACCACUAUAGUGCCAGGAAAACAUACUCGUUUUCCUGGCACUAUAGUGCCCUGAGGGUGCCCCUACCCUCAGGGUCCCCCUCCCGCCCGGCUCUGGAAGGGGGAAAGGGGUAAAAACUUACCUUUUUCCAGCGCUGGGCCUCCUCUCUCUCCGCCUCCGGCUGAAAAGCGGCGCAAUUCGCUAAAAAGCAUUCAUAAUGCUUUCCUAUGGACAAAAUCUCUGAGAAAAUCACAGUGAGAAGCACUAGCGGCUGUCAAUGAGACAGCCACUAGAGGAUUUGGGGGAAGGCUUAACCCAUUGAUAAACAUAGCAGUUUCUCUAAAACUGCUAUGUUUAUAGAAAAAAAGGGUUAAACCUAGCUGGUCCUGGCACCCAGACCACUUCAUUAAGCUGAAGUGGUCUGGGUGCCUAGAGUGGUCCUUUAACACAGUGAGGGAGUUUAAGCAUGCAUGUCAUUGGCAUAAGGCUAUCCUAGAUAUAAGAUAAGGACUAAUGCAAGUAUAUAGAUAAUUGGGUAGACUAGAUGGGCCGAAUGGCUCUUUUCUGCACUCACAUUCUAUGUUUCUAUGGACUUUUUUUUCAUCUUUUACAAGUAAACCAAGACAACAAAAAUAUGGAUUAAAAGAGGACUCGUAAUAGGAUCUCAGUAGCAGAUGUAUUUACAUACACUUUACCCACUUUGUGACACAUUGUUUUAUUGUCUCUUUUGUGCUAUUAUAUCUGUAGUGAGGAACUGUACAGUAAGACUCUCGUUGGCAGUAUCACUGCUCCUCCACUUCUUAUCGUUUUUUACCAGAGGCACUCCAAGAUCGACCCUAUGUGGAACGUGCGACAUCUAGGUAAUUGGGGGAAGGUCUGGAAAGUGAUGAUGUAAUAGGAUAUUAUAUUUCAUAGAAUAGUCCCACUAGCACCAUCAGGACCAUCAUUUAUAUUGAAUUCAAAUUACUGUUUCGUGUUAGGAAAAACACUUUGUUAUGCAUGCAUUGUUAAGAUUUAUGAGAUUUUUGGGGCGUGAAAUUGAAUGUCAUGUACUAGAAUAUAAAAAAACUAAAUAAAAAAAAUCCCUUUGUUGUAGGGCCAUAGUUCUAACGUCAGGAUAACUAGAUAUUCUUUUAGGAAUAAUAUAAAAAGAUAGUUACUAGUAAGUGCCAGACAACAGACAAAUCGUGGUAAAACCACCAUAAAAUAAACAAGUUUACCUGUCUUUAGGUUAAAAGUAGUGGAAGAGUGGCAACUCGUAUAACAAGUCCAGAAACAAUAGAAAUGCAUCCUGACCAAAUACUGUACAUAUCAAGAAGUUUAAAGCAGUACUGUCACCAUCUGGACGUACCGCCAUCGUAUUCGGUCUGCUUCAGCACCAGGAGCCGACAUCACUGCUGUACUCAUUAAGGUCUAUGCAGGAUCCCCCAUAGACACAGUCAAUUCCCGACAGUCUAAGUCUAAGAAAACAAGGCGGAGGAGAUAUACAGGGCUUUGUCUCGGCAUAUCUUUUGACUGAGUUGGAAUUUUAGUGAAUUUCCAAUACAGUCAAAAUAAGUAUUUCAUAAAGAUUCUUCUAUGUUUAUACAAAUUUUUCAUAGAUAGUGACAGUGUCCCUUUAAAACUUCUCCAGAUGUUAUAACAGAGAUAUUGUGACAUUUGGUCACCUGCAUUUGGAAUACAAACAUUUAUAUGAUAUCUGCCAUGAUAGUAGGGCAAUACAGUAAGUAGAUUAGAAAAGCAUUUGACAAUACUUAAAACAUGCAGGACUAGCAAAAUUACAGGCUGCUUUUUACAGGAGCAAAUCCUAUGCAGAAAAUUAAAUAGAACUUAUCGUAAACAGCAGAACCUUAGACCAUCUUCGAAGAGACAUGAGCCGUAGGAAUAAAACAUAAUAUUCCAGUUUGAAAAAGCCCCACAGACUACUGACUAUAGUCCAUGACAAACAGGACUCACUCUCUGUAUUAAGGGAAAGGGGGUGGAGGGGGAAAGGAAAAGUUCCAACACACUAAAUAAAUAUCUUAAACACCUCUGGACCAAUGAUGUUCGUUGUGUCUGAGGAGAUGCUGAUGACCAGGGCUAUGUUUGGCUCCACCCCUGGCCCGCCUCCUUGGCUGAGAUUAUCAGAAUUGACCAUCUCAGCCAAUCCAAUGCUUUUCUAUAGGAAAGCAUUGUGAUUGGCUUAGACCAUCACUUCUGAUGAUGGCAGAUCAGGGGUAGAGCCAGCAGACUGGAAUAAAGGUACAAUUUUACUAUAUUUAGGGGAUGGGGGUGCUAGAUCAUGUUCCUUUAACUGUUAGAGGGUAUCCUGAAAGCACCACUUUAAAUAGAUUGUAUUUUGGUAUGAGAAUAUCUUUGGCCAGUCUCCAUUGUACAGACUGUAAAACAGUGGAGGCUUUACUCACUAGAUCAGGCAUUGUAAAGAAUUUACAAGGGCAUAAAAAAAAAAAAAAAGGAAAUUUGGCUAUUUUAACCUAAAUUUUUCGGUUUACACAAUUACUGACUUGUAGAAAACACCAAUUAUAUUAAAACAAUAUUUAGAUGAUAUAUUUGGAAAUUGAGAAUUAGUUGGAUUAAAAUGGCAAACAUUAUCUAUCUAGUUUUUCCUCACUUCAUGUGUGGCUGACACUGUUAAUCUUAUUUUAAAGGGUCCAGUUCUGGGAAGCGUUAUUCACCCCAGUAUGUGAAGGCAGCCAAGCUCUUACAUUGGAAUGGACACUUUAAACCAUGGGGCAGGGCAGCAUCCUACGCAGAUGUGUGGGAGAAGUGGUAUGUUCCAGACCCCACAGGAAAAUUCACCUUAAUUCGCAGACACUCUGAUGGCGAGACUAGCAAGUGAAUGGCCCAUUGGAACAAGAUUUUCUCAGGAAUCACUUGCAAUAAAAGCUUUGGUCCUGUCGCUUAGGAUCCAUCUUGGUCUGCACACUAUAGGAGUUGGAACCAUAGUAAAGUGUAAUGAAAUACAUUGGGUAAUGAUGCCACUUUAAGGAAGAUGAGAAAAUACUGACUGUAAUUUCAUUGUCUCAGAGCAGAAUGAGAGAAAUUACUCAGAAGGUACUUUUUACAAGUACAGCAAGAUGCCUAAAUGUCACAUAAUGCAAGUGGUAGAUUUUAUAACAUUCUCACCAAGUUACAUAGCUGAAAAGAGACAUGCGUUCAUCACAUUCAGCCUUUCUUACAUUUGUUUUUGCUGUUGAUCCAAAAAUUACUAAACAUGCACCCGCUAAUGACUAUGGAUAUAAGCAUGGGACAGAUUCAUUGGCUGUUUUUAACAACUGCCUCAAAUAGCAAAUCUUUUACAGGACACUAGUCAGACUAGAGUCAUUAAAGGUACACUAUAGUCACCAGAACAAUUACAGCUUAUUGAAUUUGUUCUGGUGAGUAGAAUCAUUACCUGCAGGCUUUUUGCUGUAAACUGUCUUUUCAGAGAAAAUACAGUGUUUACAUUACAGCCUAGUGAUAACUUCACUGGCCAUUCCUCAGAUGGCUGUUAGGGAUCCUUCCUGGGUCAUGGCUGCCUAAAAUGCAUCCAAAUAUUCAAUGUCUCCACCCUCUGUAUGCAGACACUGAACUUUCCUCAUAGAGAUUCAUUGAUUCAAUUCAUCUCUAUGAGGAGAUGCUGAUUGGCCAGGGCUGUGUUUGAAUCAUGCUGGCUCUGCCCCUGAUCUGCCUCAUUGUCAGUCUCAGCCAAUCCUAUGGAGAAGCACUGUGACUGGAUCAGGCUACCACUUCUGAUGAGGUCAGCAGACUGCUUGUUUUUCUGAGACAAACAGCAUGCAGUCACAGCUUCUGGCUUGAAUACAGUAAGUUUUAAACUAUAUUUAUGGAGGCAGGGGGUGUAGAUGGUGGUUUUAACACUAUAGGGUCAGGAAUACAUGUUUGUGUUCCUGACCCUAUAGUGAUCCUUUAAUGGAUUCUUACAAUUCACUGCCUAUCAAUGGAAUAUUAAGGUCAAGCUUUUCUGCCAUGUUGACGAUGUGUCGUGUAAUCGCUGUCCUCAUCAAUAAACACGUUUUUACCUAAAUAUUCUGCAUUAAGUUGGUAUCGCUUGUUUGUAAUAAACAAGGCAUAUUCCAAUCAGGGAUUAUAUUAUGUCCAAUGAAGAGAAGGGGAAAAGCUGCGUUUACAGGAACACAUUUGUGCAGAUAUUCAAUUCCCCCUAUAUAUGCCAUGUGAAAGCAAUACUGUAAAUAGUGUUACGCUAACCACCAUGACCACUUCUACUUUUUUGAAGUAGUCAUGGUGGUAGGAGUCUGGAUGUUCAGUGGUUCACCUUGAAACACUGCACAUAGGUUUUUUUU